AAAAAAGAAAAUAAGUUAAUGAUUAUGAGUAAUUGCUCUUCUAGAACCUGAUUCUAUAUCAAAACAAAUAUUUACUUGUUUAAAUUUAAAUGAACAGCUAAAAUUGUAAACUCCUGAUGUUUGGGGAGUACACUGGCAUUUUACUGGUCUGAUCAAGGUGUAAUGUUAAAAAAACUUUUUAAAAAUAACUUGAUAUAAGCUAAAUAUAAGCUAAAUAUCUCAUCUGCUAGACAAAAUAUAACAUAAUGCAGCUUUUUCUCAUUUCCUUAUUGUGGUCUAUUUACAUAUUUGAAAAUGUACAUUUAAUUUAUGUUGUAUGAUUUUUUCCCCUAACAGAUGUUUACUGAAGAAUCUAGAAUGUCAUGGUGAACAUUUAUUUAAAGACAGAGGAGGAGCCUGCAAUCUGACAGAUAUAAAGCGUGUUUGUGUCAGACUGAAUGGCAUAAUGGCAUAGUUACUGCUUUAUUCUUCAUUUACUUUACAGAACAUUCAGACAUCUGUGCAAUAUUACCUUCUAGAACAAAUCUCUGAACAACUGAGGAGAGAUUUAGAAGAUGACUAUAUUGUUUUUGGUGGCACUUCUCCCGGUUGUAUUGGGCAGUGACUGUAAAUUCAUGCAGUUUGACUGUUCUGAUAUCUACAACUCAGGAGAAACAGUCAGUGGGAUUUACUCCAUCUAUCCAACAGGUGACGUUCCUGUCUGGGUUUACUGUCAGAUGAUCUCAGAUGGGAACGAUGAAGACAAAGGAGGAUGGACGGUGAUUCAGAGGAGAAUGGAUGGCAGUGUGAAUUUCUAUCAGCCGUGGAAUCAGUACAAGAGAGGAUUUGGAAAUGUGGAGAGUGAAUACUGGCUGGGGCUGGAGAACAUGUACCAGCUGACACGCAACAGGAAGUAUCUGAGAGUGGAUCUGGAGGACUUUGAAGGAAGGAAAGGUUUUGCUCUGUACUCGUAUUUCUCUGUGGAUUGUGAAUGUGCCGGAUAUAAAAUAUAUGUUUCAGGAUUCACUGAUGGAGGAGCAGGUGACUCUUUGACCUCCCACAAUAAUCAGAAGUUCUCAACGUUUGACAAGGAUCAAGAUGUCUAUGAAGAUAACUGUGCUAGAAUGCGUCUUGGGGCAUUUUGGUAUGCAAAGUGUCUCACUACAAACCCCAACGGUGUGUACUUAUGGGGAAAUGAUAAUACUUAUAGCUCCAUUGGCGUUGUCUGGUCAACCUGGAAGGACAAUUUCACUUACAGUAUGAAGUCUAUUAGCAUGAAGAUCAGACCUGUAUCUUAGAGACAUUAGUGAUUCCAGGAGAAAUUGGUCUGAUAAUGGCAACUGUAUAUUUUGCAUAGUAAAUUUAUGCUUUAUAUCGUAACUGUACAAAAGACUAAAUCAUCUAGGUCAGAAUGACUUUAAUAAACUCCAGCAUUGAAAGCAUUAUGUCUGUAUGUAGAUGUGUUAUAAUGACUGUUUUGCCACUGCAAACCUCAAGAAAUGUCCCUCCUAAUAUGCAUAGUGUGUUAUUUAUUUUAUAGCUAGUAUCAUGAGCAAUAUGACUGUAACCACAGUGACUAGAGUAGAUAUCAAAGAUUCUGUUCUCCAAGUAUUUUAUUUCAUGUUCCACAGAAGAAAGAAUGUCAUUCAUGUGUGGAACAACAUUCUGAUGAGUGUCAAUUUAGUGGUGAACACAUGCGCGUUGCGUUGCAUGUGAUGAAGAUGUGCGCCACUAGAGGGACACAUUCACUAAACACUGACAUCAACUCACAUUUGACUGGAUUAUUCAUUAAAGUUUGUGUUUGAUAAACUGACUGAACUGCGAAAAGAUUAACACGGUCAUUCAUAUAUCUGUCAGGUAAAGAACAGAAGAGCUGGGUUAUGAAACCUGUACAUUUAUUCGCAGGUCUGAAGAACUUCUCUGAUUGUAAUGAAUCACGUCAUCACUAAAAUAUAUUUAAAAUCAAGAGUGAUUCUAGAAAUUUUGAGAAUUUUGAGGGCUAUUUUAUCUCCAGUUAUUCAUGCUUUUAAUUAUUGCUGCUCACUUUUUACAGCCAAUCAGAGACUUGCGAACGGAUAUGAUGUUUUACCCGCCUCAGGUUAAGGAAGCUGCUCCUUUAGUGCACUCAUGGUCCGUCUGUCAUCUUCGGGUUUUUCUUUAAAUUAAUGUCAUUGGGUUCUUUACAGACUACAAGAUGGUAAAUAUUGUUAAUAAUUCCAGUAACAUUUGUUUGUAAUUCUUCGUUUGUUUCUGUGCAAGCCUGUUGCGCACAUGUGUAAUUGGCCAUCAUGCAUUUUUAAUAAAAAAAAAUACUGUAUAAAUGUCAUUUAUUUUUGUUCUGCAUCUCUUGAAGGUCAGCACCUUGGUAUAGGUCCUGAGCUCAUGACGAUUCUCAUGAUGUCUGCCUUUUCCAUUGUAGCAGUCGAUUCCUGUUCCCCCUUGACGAAGCGUGGCUGCUUAGCGGGUUGCCAGGUCUGCGUAAUGAACCUGACAAAAUUGUUAAUCAAACAUUGCACUAAAGUAGCCCAAUUCCGCGGGAAAAAAACUGUGGAUAUGGCAACACUGCAGCAUGCAAAUACACCAAAACACAACUGAAUGUACAGAAAGCAAAAAGGGACAAAUGUCUUGUUACACUGCAGCAUAGUAAAAUGAUUCUCACACUCCA